GUCCCCGCUGCCCUGGGGUUUCAGUCCAGGACUCUUCGUACCGGCAAACGAGCUUCUGCAAACGAGGAAAACGCGAGGCGUUGGGAGCAGCUGGAGCCUCCCUGGCACCCAGAGGCCAACGGGGGGACACGGCACGCUGCAACAGCACAUCGUCCCUCUCCCCCUGAACCUGGGAGGUCCAGUGGUGCAUCGUGAGCUCCACCUGCUCUGACCUGCUGUGGGACACGUCCCCGUGGAGCCCCACCAUCCAGCCAUGCUGCGCUUCCUCUGGGACAGCAUCUCCUUCCAGAUGCUCCUCAUCUUCCUCGUCGUCUUCCUGCUUGUUGCCGACUACAUGAAGCACAGAAAGCCAAAGAACUUCCCUCCCAGCCCCUUCCGCAUCCCCUUCCUGGGGCACGUCCACAUGAUGAGCUUCAGCAAUCCCCAAAGCAUGGUGGAUAAGCUUGUUGAAAAAUAUGGGGACGUCUUCAGCACGGAGAUGGGCAGCACAGUCUUUGUGUGCGUAAACGGGAUGCGGCUCAUCAAAGAAGUUCUUGUAAACCAAGGGGAAAAUUUCAUUGAUCGCCCUGAAAUUCCUAUCGAUGCAGAGGUCUUCAGCAAGAUGGGACUUAUCUCCUCCAAUGGGCACUUGUGGAAGCAGCAGAGAAGGUUCACCUUGACCACCCUCCGCAAUUUCGGCUUGGGGAAGAGGAGCCUGGAGGAGCGCAUCCAGGAGGAGUGCAGAUUCCUUGUGGAUGCCUUUGGGGAAGAGCAGGGGAAUCCUUUUGACCCUCACUUCAAAGUCAAUAACGCCGUUUCAAACAUCAUCUGCUCUGUCACCUUUGGCAACCGGUUUGAGUACCAUGAUCAGGACUUCCAAAAAUUGCUGCAGCUGAUGGACGAGACAGUUACCCUCCAUGGAUCCAUCGCGAGCCAGCUGUACAACUCUUUCCCCACCAUCAUGAAGUUCUUGCCUGGAUCCCACCACACUAUUUUUAAAAACUGGAAGAAGAUGAAAGCUUUUGUGAAAGAGAGGAUCGACAAACACAAGGAAGACCUGAACCCCUCGGAGAGCCGGGACUUCAUUGACAGCUACCUGCAGGAGAUUGCCAAGGCCAACGGCGAUGGCAGCUUCCAGGAGGAAAAUCUCGUGGCGUGCGCUCUUGACCUGCUCUUUGCUGGGACCGAGACCACUUCCACAACCGUCCGCUGGGCUCUGCUGUACAUGGCCAUGUACCCGGAAAUUCAAGCCCGGGUACAAGCCGAGAUUGAUGCGGUCAUCGGGCAGGCGCGUCAGCCAUCCCUGGAGGACAGGAAGAACCUGCCCUACACCAACGCCGUCAUCCACGAAGUGCAGAGGAAAAGCAACAUCAUCCCUUUCAACGUGCCACGACUGACGGUGAAGGACACAAUGGUGGACGGCUUCCUGAUACCAAAGGGCACUGUUUUGAUCACAAAUUUAGCCUCUGUGCUGUUUGACAAGAACGAGUGGGAAGCCCCCGACACUUUCAACCCUGGGCAUUUCCUGAAGGAUGGCCAGUUCUGGAGAAGGGACUAUUUUAUACCAUUUUCUAUAGGGAAGCGCUCCUGCCUGGGGGAGCUGCUGGCCCGCUCCGAGCUCUUCCUCUACUUCACGUCUCUGCUCCAGAAGUUCACCUUCCGGCCACCCCCAAACACCACGCUCAGCCUCCAGUUCAAGCUGGGCAUCACGAUGGCCCCACAGCCCUACAAGAUCUGCGCCGUGCCCCGGUAGGGAAGCCUUGGCCACCAUCCUUGCAGAGAAAGAACAUCCUUCAGCAAGGAUGCUGAACGCCAGCUGUUGGAGGCUCCAAAGGAAAACCACCACUCGGCUCCAGGGAGGGCUGGGCAGUUUGGUUGUUCUUUUGUUUGUUUCUUUUAAAGCCAUUGCACAAUCACUUCUUUUACAAGCGGACCUUGCACCCAGUGUCACGUGAGACAAGUGAUCAGCCUGGGAUCUGUCCUAGGAGGGCACUUCCAGCCUUGUGAUGCAGCACCAGAAAUGGACGAGGGGCCUGGGGCUUUAAUGAGGGAUGGGCCACGCUCCACCGUGGCAGGAGAAUGAGCAACACUUUAGGAAUUGCCGAGUUCAGGCUGUGGCUGGGUACUGUGGAAGAACAGUACCAGCCCUGGGUUUUUAACAGGAAUGCAGGUAUUCAUUGCCAACAUUUUCUCAUUUUGUUAUCCUUGACUUGUAAUCCAUGUUAAAAAAUGUCACUCUAUAACAUCUCUUUCUCCUGCAUCAAUAAAGCCUUACUGAAA